AUGUCACAGUGUAAGCAGAGUGCUAGUGAAUUCAUCCAAAGCACGUUCUGCCCCCAUAUUGCGAUUCUCUGCAGCGCAGACGCGCAGCUGCUGUGUCAGAAGAACAACCUGAGUUUUGUUCAAUUGAUCCAACCUUUCUGUCGCUUGUCGUCGGAAGUUCACAUCCGUGAUCCAAACAAUGUCACACAUUCCAUCCACAACCUGCGGAUUAGUUCCUGUGACAUGGCCGCUCAGCCCCCGCAGCAGAACAUCAUCAAGAAGCAGCUCAGUGAUGCUGUGGCAUCCACCUUUGGACACAGCCAGGAACUGGGGGCCAGCAAUGUGAUAACUGUCGGCAGUUAUGAUCUGCAGCUGAGCCCAUCCACUCCCUGGUUCGAAUCUUGGAGAGAAGCUUUCCUGCAGGUGCUGCCCCCUUCUGACCACGAGUACUUGAACCAUUGCCUGGCUUGUAUUUUUGUGGUUGCUUCUAACAACGGAGAUCCGUUGAGCACUUUUACAUCUCUGGCCAACCAGCAAGUGAGCCAGCAGCAGCAGUUUCCAAACAGAUUGCCACGUUGGUUUACUCAGGGCAUAUUACAUUACUAUGUACUUUUGCACGAUGUUGUGGAUGGCGAACAGACCAGGGCUGAGGCUGUUUACCAGAGCAUGAAGGCCACGUUUGGGGUUCAGAUCUGCCAUCUGCUGCAGAUUAACUCUCGAUCGUUGAACACACUGGAGUCUGUCAAAGCUGGCAUUCCAGUUCAGCCAGACCCUUGGAGUCAGUUUCUGGCUAAGCAGUCACAUACUUUGGAUACCUUUGAGACUGACCACCCGGCAGUGAUGGAUGACAUCUCAGGAUUCCCGACCAACUUCUCCGAGAGCAACCCAGAACCAGUGCUCCACAGUGUCAUGAGCAACUCAUUUUAUGAUAAUGAGAUGGAUGAGUCAGGGUCAUCAGGCAUAACUUCAUCCUCCUCCUGUGAUCAGUUCAGCCACCCCCUUGCCUCACCAACUACCCCGCCCAGCCGGAACACACCCUCCCCAGACAGUGACCCCACAGCUGCGGCCAGCGGAUAUCCAGGUGAGAGUCGGCGGCCAUCAUCUGGUCGAUACAGGAGCACAGAUCGCAACCAGAACAAGCCUCAUGGAAUGUGUCUGACACCCAGUGACCUGGACCGCCUGAGGAUCUUCAUGCAUGAGUUUGUGGUUCGGGCUCUUAUCCCAUGGGCAGAGAGGCAGAUGAAGCACUUGAACGAACAACUCAUCUCCCGAAAAGGCAUACACCGAUCUUUCUUCAGUGCGACAAAGAAAUGGUUUGGCACAAAGCCUUCUGGGCCUGUACCUGCCUCUCAGAACACAACGGUAGUUUACACCAGGGAUGCCCCUGAGCUCCAGCUGCGACGUCUGGCAGAUCUGGCGUUUCUCUUCCAGAUGUAUGACUUUGCCUACAACACCUACCACACUGUAAAGAAAGACUUCAACAAUGACCAGGCUUGGCUACAUUUUGCUGGAGCUUUGGAGAUGGCAAGCUUGGCAGUGUUCCUUCUAGGCCCCCAAAGUCAGAAGCAGUAUCCUCACCACUACAUGGAAACUGCCAUCUCCACGUACCUGACCUCUUGCAGGAACCCUCAGUAUGCCACUCGGGCGACACUGACCAGCACAGAAGCCCUGAAGAAGAGAGCCAUGUACAAUGAAGCUGCCAUGCAGUUCUUGAAGAUGACCAGUGAGGAUUCUGACUUGACCAGUGCUCUGUUUCUGGAGCAGGCAGCUCACUGCUUUCUGGCACUGAAGACACCCAUGGUCAGAAAAUACUCGUUUCAUAUGAUUCUGUCUGGGCAUCGCUUCAACAAGGCUGGCCAGAGGAAACACUCCCUUCGCUGUUAUACCCAAGCACUGCAGGUGUACAAGGGCAAAAACUGGUCUAUUGCAGAGGAUCAUAUACACUUCACCGUGGGCAAACAUGCUCUGAACCUGAAACAGUUGGAGAGUGCUACAGCUGCAUUCAAGCACCUCCUCAUGAAGGAGAGUAAACAGUCUGUAUCUCAGCAAGCGACAUACCUAAGGGAAUACAUCUUUGUCUACAAGCAAUUGCUAAACCAGGAAGAGAGAAGCAGCAGCACAUAUGGUCAUCUGCCAGAGCUCCCAUUACCUGUCGUGGACAGUAAUGCAACCAAGGUUCUCUUAUCCUCUUCAAAUAGAAAAUAUGAGGGAAAUGGACGUAGGAUCCCUGCCUCGGGAAUGUGGUUUGACAGUGAUGCAGACAACCAGGAGAGGUGGAAGUCACUGGAGGAGAAGCUAGUACAGUCGUCUGGGCGUCCUUUCCGGGUUUGUCCGCAGUUGUUCACUGAUGCCACUGACAAUCGGUCCAGCCCUGUUGGCUUUGUUGGAGAACCCAUAACAAUUGAGCUGCAAGUGGAGAACCCACUCCAUGUGAUGCUGGUUCUGUCGGAUAUCUCCUUGCUGUGGACCUUCGUUCCUUCCAUUCAGGGACCUGACCCGCAGCAGGUCAUCUCAAACGAAGUCACAACAGUUGUCAAGAACAGCUUAGCCGAUGAGAUCAUUCAGACGUCUGUGAUAAAAGAGGUCAUAGUUCAAGGGGUCCAGAGUGAGCGGAUUCAUUUAACACUCACCCCAAGGCAACCUGGCCAUUUGAGAGUUGUAGGCCUGGCUUAUAAUUUGGGUACAAGCUCGAUUACCCAGAGUGCCUCUUUACAAGAGGGAGACAAGCCAGCAGUUAAUCAGCCAAAGUUUAGUCUGACUACAAGCAUGAUGGUCCGGGGGAAGCAGAAACUGGAGCCACAGGGACCUCGGCUGAAUGCCACCAAAGAGGAGCGGACAGAAAAACUGUAUGGCCCAGAUAGGAGGCUGGAUCUGUUGAUUCAUGAGGAGAUGCCAAGUUUAGAGGUCGUCUUCUGUGACUUCCCAGAAAACGUACUCUGUGGGGAGGUACAGUGUAUUGAAAUAGAGUUCACCAACGUCGGGAAAAGUUCCCUAAAGUCCCUGAAGGUCAUAUCCACCCACCCCAGAUUUUUCACAUUUGGGCGGGACUCUGAGCUGCCCAAGUACCCGUAUGUGUACCAGAUGCGUACGUCCCAGUGUACGUCUCUAAGCUCCACCCUCACCAGCACUGUGACAGGCAAGGAGGAGUUUUUGAAGUUUCCGGAUGUUCUGCAUAUUCCACUGCCCAAAGGAGAGCUGCGCCCAGGGGAGAAGGUCUCCAUUCCCAUGUGGCUACGGGGAGAUGAUAUUGGAGGCAUCCAUGAGGUGGAUUUCAUGUUCUACUACGAGCCAUUUGCUCAUCCUUCUAAUAUCGGAUAUAGAGUACUGCGCCACAGAGCUGUAUUGAACACAGUCGAGUCUUUAAGCGUUCGAACCACCGUCACACGGCCUGCUGCUCGUGUGGGAUCAAUACGAGGCCAAGAACUCAACUCAUGCAUGUUUGCAUGUGAGCUGGAAAAUUUAAGUCAGGUGCAAGUCCAGAGACCUCAUGUCCAGGAGCUGCAGGUGACUCAGGUGUCCUGUGUCAGUCCGUCGUGGACACUAGUCAGUGUUGGUGCCAGACACCACUCAGGUGUCCGUCUUGGCAGUCGGGAGACUCUUCAUUUGGUUCUGAAAGGGCUCAAACAAGGCCAGGAGGAAGAACCCAAGGACCUUGUGUUUAGUGAAGUUGCAUUUGAUAGAGACCAGGUAAACAGCUCAUGCAGUCCUUGCUCAGAUUUCUUUGUCCGCAGCUGGUUGCGACACAAGAGCCUCAUUGAGCCAUUGGGAAGCAGUGACGUGGGAGGCUCCCACUCUAAGAUAAGGAAGAUUGACUCCACACACCUUGACUCGGCCAUUCUGCUUCGACUGACCCUAGUGUUCUUGUGGAAGGCUUACGUGGUCCAGGAGAGUGGACAGAUGAAGAUUGUUGUCGGCCAACACCACGUACACGUUGACCGCCUGAACACAGUUUCCAUUUCCUAUCCCAUUCCUCCAGUGGUCACCAGCGCCCCACCUCUCAAAUUCACUCAAGAGCCCGAACCCACGGAGGCCCCGGCGCCCGACCCCGCUGUGACCACCUCCUUGGUGUCUUACUCCUUCUCUCAUUCCAACCAGAAACAGCACAACUUCGCCAAGGGCCUGUGCGUUGUGCCAGUUGGGCUGACUGUCCAGAACCAUACGGAUGCAGAAGUCCAAGUGAUGGUGGACUCGACCAAAUCGCCAGAGACUCUGAGCUCCGGAAGCUCCUGUCCCAGGCCUGUCAAGUGGAUUGGCCUCAACCAGGCAACGCUGACUUUGGGCAAAGGUCAGAAUGCCCACCUGACCCUCAAGGCCGGCAUAACCCUGCCAGGAACAUUCAAUUUAAACACCAUUUCUGUGUUUGUGACAUUUAGUUCUGACCAAUCACAGAUGGUUUUACAGAAGCAUACGACUCCCAGUAUUAUCACAGUAGUCAAUGUUUUAUGA